CGACUCUUUAACCGAACAACUUGCAAAUCUGCCCCUCCCAUUGACUCUCGCAGCUUGCGCAGAAUAUCGUGUCUUUUGAUCCCGUCCACUCCUUCUUUCCACUCGAUGCCUUGACGAUUUCUCGUGCUGGAGCUGGCCAAUUAUCCAACACCCUACUCAUAAACUCACAUCAUGCUACCGCCAGGUCGACGGCGCACCGGCGCCUCCCCAUCACGGCCCCUCCUCCUCGGCCUCUUAUUCGUCCUCUUCGCCUCCUCCGCCAAUGCCGCGGCCUCAGUCCUAGGCAUCGACUUCGGCACUCUCAACUUGAAAGCCGCCCUCGUCAAGCCCGGCAUUCCCCUCGAAAUCGUCCUGACGAAGGACUCGAAACGGAAAGAAGUUGCUGCUGUGGCGUUCAAGCCUUCUCGAGAUGCUGCGCCUCAGCCGGGAGCCUUCCCCGAGAGGAUGUACGGCGGCGAUGCCCUGGCGCUACAGGGAAGGUUUCCGGGCGAGGUGUUACCUAAUCUGAAACCGCUUUUGGGGUUGAUUUCGAACGAGGCGGGGGCGCAGGCUGUGGCGGACUACCAGGGGCGGUAUCCUGCCGUGCAGGUUGCACAGGUGAAGGAAUUGGGCACGACUUUGGUCAAGAGCGGGGGCUUCGCCGAGGGAGAAAUGCCGUGGAGUGUGGAGGAGUUGUUGGCGAUGGAAUUGGCGAAUAUCCGACGAAACGCGGAGGCGAUGGCGGGCAAAGGCAACACCGUGCAAGAUGUGGUGAUCACUAUUCCUGCUUUCUACACCGUAGACGAGAGGAGGGCGAUUGAGCGAGCGGCGACGCUGGCUGGCCUCGAAGUCAACGCCCUCAUCUCGGACGGCUUGGCCGUCGGCAUCGAUUACGCGAAGAGCAGGACUUUCCCGGACGUGACCAAGGGCGAGAAGCCAGAACAUCACAUUGUGUUCGACAUGGGUGCGGGCUCGACCGCCGCUACUGUCCUGCGCUUCCAGAGCAAAAGUGUGAAAGACGUGGGUCGCUUCAACAAGACGGUCCAGGAAGUCGCGGUACUCGGCGCUGGCUGGGAUCGACGAUUGGGCGGCGACAGCCUUACGGACCUCGUAUUGAACGACUACAUCCAGAAGUUCCUCGCCAAACCCGACGUGAAGAGCCGUGGCGUGUCGGCCGAUGACAUCAAGUCGAACGGACGCGCCAUGGCUCGACUAUGGAAGGACGCAGAGAAGGCACGGCAGGUGUUGUCCGCCAACACCGAGACCAGUUCCAGCUUCGAGGAACUGCUCCCCGACACCGAUUUCAAGGUCAAAUUCACCCGGGCUGAAUUCGAAGAGCUGGCGUCAACUCUCGCAGAUCGGGUGGGAAAGCCGAUCAAAGACGCCCUCGAGCUCGCCGAAUUGCAGAUGAGCGACAUCGAAUCCAUCAUCCUCCACGGUGGUGCCGUGCGAACCCCAUUCGUUCAGAAACAAUUGGAAAAGAUUGCUGGAGGCAGUUCCAAACUCCGCUCCAACGUCAACGCCGAUGAAUCUGCCGUCUUUGGCGCAGCCUUCAAAGCCGCGGGCCUGAGCCCGAAUUUCAAGGUCAAGGAAAUUCGAGACAGCGACAUUGCGGGAUAUACCGUCGGCAUGACGUGGGUUGAUAGGGAGAAGGAUUGGAAGCGCACAUUGUUCAACACCAACAGCACCGUCGGUAACGGGGCGACGACUAAGCAGGUCAGUUUCAAGCAAAAAGCCGACUUCUCCUUCAGCCUUUACCAAGCGGUCGUGACGGCGAAGGAGCGGGGCCCACAGUCCAUAGUGGGCAUCGAGACGCUCAACUUGACUGCCGGCGUCGCGGCGUUGAAGACCUCGUUCGGGUGCGAGAAGGAGGAGGUGAGCACCAGGUUUUCAAUCCGACUCAGUCCCAUUGAUGGCAUCCCGGAAGUCGUCGGUGGCACGGUGAGCUGCGAGGUCGAGGGCGACGGCAAGGCCGAGAGCUUAGGUGACUCGGUCAAAGACUGGCUCGGAUUCGGCAAGAAGAAGGAUCAAGAGGCGCUCAAGGACGGUGAAGGCGAAGAAGCCGGGCCUACCGAGAGCGUGGAGGCCGCCACCUCUUCCUCGCUUACGGAGUCCGUCACCUCUACCGCAUCGUCAAGCAGCUCGAAAGUGCCGGAGAAGCCCAAGAAGAGGACGGAGAGCAUCCCCAUCUCCUUCGCCAUCACCACCCAGGGCACCCCGCAGCCCGCACCGGAGGAGAUGAAACGGAUGCGAGAUCGCCUGUCCGCCUUUGACAAAUCCGAUCAUGCGCGAUUGGCUCGCGAGGAAGCGCUGAACGUGUUGGAGAGCUACACCUACUACGUCCGCGACUUCCUCGACAACGAUGAUUACCGCUCAGUGAGCACUCCUUCUCAACUCGAUGCCAUCAGCAAGCUCCUCGCCAGCACCCGCGAAUUCAUGGAGAACACCAAAGACGCGACGAAAGAAGUGCUCACGGAGAAACACGCCGCCUUGAAGAAGCUCGUCCAACCCAUCCAAGCACGUCGGCGGGAGGGUCAGCAACGAUCGGAGAAAUUAUCUACCUUGAGGACCAGUCUCGACUCGACGCAGAAACUCGUCGACAUGAUCAAGGCCCAGCUGGAACAAGCGGCGGACGCGAAGAAGCGCGCGGAAGAAUUCGACGCCAGCCAAGCGGCUUCUGCUACCAACACAGCCGAAGAGACUGCUGCGCCAACUCCAAAAGACAGCCUCGACGACCUGGAAGAGCCCGACGUCGCGCCCAAAGCCAACGAGCCCCCGCUCCCCAAAUACUCCAGCGCCGCGGAUUUCACGGCCUACACUGACCUCGACCUCAGCGAUUUGCGCGACGUGCAAGCUUCCGUGCGCGCGUGGCUGGAGGAGAAGGAGGCGGCGCAAGCGCUGCUCAAACCUUAUGACGACCCCGUGCUGCUUGUGAGUGAGAUUGAGAAGAAGGCGGACGAGUUGGGCGUGGUGAUGAAGGAUCUGUUGUACAAGAAGAUGAAGGCGCCGCCGAAGUCGAAGACGAGCAAGAGUAAGACGAGUAAGACGAAGAAGGCCAAGACGACGGGUAGUAGUAGUACCACUUCUGCUGCUUCUGAGGCGGCGUCGCCGGGUAUGCAGGAGGAGUUUUUGGAGAUGGUGAAGGAGGAGGAGGCGGCGAAGAGUAGCACUGCUCAUACGCCCGAUGAGUUGUAGGUGGGUAUGUAGUUCUGCUAGAUCGGGAUUAGAGGCAUGUACAGGG